AAUUACCAUGAGAUCGAUUAUCAUUCUACUCGUGUUAGUCGUCGCAUACUCUGAUGCUGUACUUCAACUAAAGAAGCAGUCCUACAUGAAAUUCCCUUACCAGUUCGUCAACGGAGACCCUACCAAUCCAAGAUACGGGCUUUUUCAAAAUGCCGCCCACAAGGCCGCUUACCACACUGUUGAUAAAAUUUUAUAUGUUGCUUCUGCUAGAUCCUCCGAGAAGUACCUCCACAUCAUUGAUAUGAACAAUCCCGCCAGUCCCUCCAUCUUGAUGACCCACGUGUUCGAUAACAGCGUGGAUGGUAUGAUCUCAGCCGUGGAGGCUUGUUCAGACACCAUUGCUGUGGCCUUGACGGCGGCAGACCCAGUGGCUGAGGGUCACGUAGAAUUGUUCACCCCCUACAACAGGGCUGACCGUGUUUUUACCAGGACUGGCAGAAUCGCAGUCGGUGUUCAUCCAAAGGAUAUGCAGUACACCAGUGACUGUACAAGACUGGUGGUUGUCAGUGAAGGCCGUGUUUCUCUAAAUCCAAAUACAAACACUCUCAAUGACCCCGAGGGAUCCCUGACAAUAAUUAUCAGGAACGACCAAGGAUUCCCCAUUGAAGUCAAUAUAGAUUUUACCCAGCUAAAUGACAGGGUGGUAGAUUACAUAAAUAAUGGUGUUCGAUAUGUUUUCCGUGGAGACCACUCUGCUGGAAUUGUCAACACUUUCUCACAGGAUCUCGAGCCCGAAUCAGUUACCAUCAGCAAUGACGACCGAUUCGCUUUUGUCUCAUGUCAGGAAAAUAAUGCAGUACUGAAAUUGGACUUGUUUAACCAAAGGAUCAUUGAACUUUAUGCUUUGGGAGCCAAGAACUGGACAAGCUUUAUGUUCGAUGGAAGUGACCAAAAUGAUGCUGCCAAUAUGCGUAAUCACAGAAUCUACUCAUUUUACCAACCUGGAAAACUUGGUUUUGGUGUUAUUGACGGUAAAGGUUACGUCAUUUCCGCCGACACUGGAAAAACGAAGACUUACACUAGAAAUAAUGAGGGCUAUGAUUUCCGUGAUUCUACUAGAGCACGCGUGGCUUGGAAUGAUGGAGAACUUGACACCACGACACUGGACCCCACACUUCUAGCACAAAUCCAAGACAACCAACAGCUGGGCAGAACAUACAUAAGUAGAGUAGAUGGAUACAACAUCUUUAACCAAAUCGGUGACGUUUACAUGUUUGGUGGGCGUGGCAUUUCUUUGUGGGACUCUACUACCAUGGCCCACGUAUUUGACAGUGGGGAUGAUUUGGAGAGAAGGGCCUCUCAGUUGUACCCCAGUACAUUUAAUGGAGACUGUUCCAAUGGUAAUCAGUCUCCAACACAGCAGGUUGACGAGAGAUCAGAUGAUAUGGGCCCUGAACCGAGUGCCAUGGCUGUGGGUACAGUAGGAACCACGCCUGUUCUCAUCGUGGGCUCCAGGGACGGGGUCCUGUAUGUGUUCAACAUGAGAGGGGUCAGCGCCAACUUUGAGAGCGCUCACCGUGAAGGGGCCACGAACGACAUCUGGACCAAUCUCUAUAAUAAUGACGUCGCUGGGGAUCAGGGAGUUUCAGACAUGGGAUUUGUGAAUGCUGGAGAUAGCUCCUCUGGUGUUCCAUACAUUUACGUCAUUGGUCAAUCCACGGGAUCCUUAUCCAUUUACACUAUCGAGGAUGUUCCCACCCAACAAUAGACACAUACUCCACUGAUAUUAUUUAUAUUUUAUA